AUGAGGAGGUUCUCAUCGAUCUCCAAGGACCCCGACCUGCCUGGUAUCUCGAGGUAUGACCCACAGGCUUCAAACUCUACCCAAUCUAAUGGCAUCCAGCUGAAUCCUCGAGGUCUCGUGCCCACCUUGCACUUCCAGGCCGAAGGCGUCGACGAGUACCUGGUCGAAUCUGGUCUCAUUGUCGAAUUUCUGACCGGGUUGUACCCUUCACACCUCACACCGCAUGGGGGCAAUCCGGUAGCAGAUGCUGCACAACGCUGGCGUCAGCGCUUCUUCACCGAUACUUGGUUCGGGAAAGUUAACCCUCUUCUAUUCAAGAUGACCGGUACCUCCGACGAGGCCGCUCGUCUCUCGAUCGCCAAUGACAUCACCGAGCAAAUCGGCAAAGAAAUCGAACCUCUCUUGGCCAAUGCAGGUCCCUAUUUUGGUGGUAGCUCUGUGAUCACCGUCGUUGAGGCUAUGACCAUGCCCUUCGUCAUCCUCAUGUACGAUUUCUGCGACGAUGUGGUCUGGCCAAGCAUCUUGUUGGAGAAGGCCAAAGCAUUUCCCGCAUUCGGAAAGUGGAUUGAAGUAGGAAUGAAGCAUGGAAGUGUAUUGUAUCGGGUGGCUAGGGAGAGACGCAAGGAAGCUGUCUUGAACAUGCUUCCCCAAGUGAGGCAGAAGUACGCGCCAUGA